UCGUAAGAUUACAUUGUGAAGUGUGUUUGUGAUUUUUGUUGAUUACAUUGAAAAGAAAUAAAUAAUUAUAUAGUUUGGAGGAAGCUUAGGCGCAUUUAUCUACAAAAAAUGUGCGAUGGAAAUACCACGAAGCUUAAUCCUUGCGAUACCGAAGCCAUAACCGAUCCCAUAGAAGUGUAUAACAUGUUCAUAGUGGAAGAUGAGGAGUCAAAAGACUCUGUUAAGCAAAACGCGCGGUUCCAUAAGCGUCUCAUACGACACGUACGACGGCACCGCGUACUUUACGAUCCAAAACAUAAACAAUUUUCAUGCAUCGAAGCGAAAAACGAAGUUUGGGAGAAAAUUGCAAAGCGAAUGUGUUGCGAUGCCGAUCUAUGCAAGAAUACUUGGGUGAACUUGCGUUAUUCUUAUCAAAAAUAUGCGCGCCGAUUGCGUAAAUUCUUUGCCAACAAAGCGUGUAAGAAGCGAAGCCGCCGUCCUGUAAUGGCAUUUGAAACGGAAUUAGUUUUCCUCUGGCGUUUCAUAGCUGACAAAAUACGCUGUCCCCUGCCCUACAGCGAUGAGAUGGAGGCGAAGGCCGCUACGCACACACAACCAGCUGCCGUCGACGAUGACAUAGUUUUGCUGGAGGAUGACGUCGAAGUGAUCGACUUGGACGAUGAAACGCCGGCCAUAACUAAAGCCCUCUCCAAGCUAUCGAAGUUGCACUUCCAAGUCACACCGGAAAUACGUCGCUUGAUAUACAAUUUGCAAUGCUAUCAGGAGAUAUACGACGGUGGCCAUCGAUAUUAUGAGGAUUACCGGCGCAAAGGCAUCAUUUGGAAUGCCGUCGCAAACGAAGUGGGCGAUAAGGCUACGAAAUUAAUGAAAUGUUGGUUGCAAAUACAAACGCGCUACGAAUGGGAGCUAAUGCAACGCCGCUUAGAAAAGGAGCUGACAGCUACAAAGCCGCAGACCGAGCUGGAGAGUCUGUUGUACUUCACCAAGGCACACAUACUUAAACUGCCGAGAACGGUUUACAAGAGCUCCUACUUCCUCAAAAAGGAUUGGCAUGAGCCCAUUGACCACUUUAAGAACAUCUUCAGCUUGCUGGUGGCAAUGAAGAAAUAUCCAAUCGUGAUCACACUCACCGAAAUGAUGGUGAACAAAACCGAAGAUGUCGAUACCGUUAAAUAUAUGAAACUUUGGAGCGAUGUGGCAAAUACUAAAGGUGGCGGUGUAACGCCUGGUCAGUGCGAAGCCACUUGGCUGAUUCUGCGUUUGUUCUACUGGGAGCUAAUGGGUAUGCGCAAACACAGUUAUCAACUGCAAGACAAAUGGUAUUUCGAAACCAUUAUAACGGAGCUGUAUGCCUUGUCUAGAACGUACAAGUUACCACGCGCCAAAAAGUCUACACUCGGUACGCUCAUGUUAUCGUCCAUAUGCGCCGAUGAGGUUGUCCAACCUGCCCCCACAACCACUGGCAAUGCAAGCAAGGUGCUGCAAACCGAAGUUGUACCAGUUUUAAACGAUUCAUCACCGCCGAAUGACACGCUAAUGGGCAACCCCAUCGUACCGAUAUCCGUCAGUCUGGAUGAAGACAAAAUCAGUUCGUCAAUAAUCGAAAACAAGCGUCAAGCGUCAGCUAAAAAUAUCGUAAUACACAAUAAACCGCAAAAUAAUGUCAUACCCACUCCCGCAGCCAGCACUUGCACCACAGUCUCAAAUAACGGCUUGGUGGUGACGGUCACCAAAGUGCCGGCGAAGACGCACACCACCGCCGUCAUACAACAGGAUGCGCCGCCGGCUUAUCCACAAGCGCACUCGCCACAAAUACGCGUCAAAUCGCAGGCGCAACUGCAAGCCGCCGAACCCAUUAAAAUGUUUGUGCAAGCGCGCCCACAAAUACAAAUACACGCGCAACCCACACCAGCGCCGAAGCCAAAUCCACAAAUACAAGUACAAGCCAUAACGCUGCCGUGCAUGCCACAAGCGCAACAAGCUCAGCAAUAUCAAAUGCUACCGCUCACACCGAUACAAGCGCAAACCAAGUUGGCAGUGAAGCAACAAGCCAGCGUGCAGACGCCGGCACAAUUCAUACCCACCAAUAUGGGUCAGUUGUUGCCGCCAACAACAAUAGAGCCGACACAACACGAAGCCAACACAAUCACUUUGGAUACGAUAAAGACGCCGAAAAUUGUGUCGGCAGUCAGUUUGGCACCGCGCGCCAACUUCCCCGUGCCCUUCAUCAAUAAGGGUUUGCAAAUCACCGCAGUCGCUGGUUCCGUAACCAGCGCAUCACCGCCUGCGCCGCACACUAGCACCGCGCCACUGCGCGCAGUAGCACCCACCUUAAACGCGCUUGCUCCGCCGCCAACGGUUGUUAUGGCGCCCACGUCGAACGCCUUAAAUUUACCCUUUACACUGCCGGAUAAAACAAAUAUUACCAAGUGUCCGCCGUUGACUUGUGUCAACACCGACCCAGUCCUCAAGACGGGUACGAUAAUAACGUUGCCGAAUGCUGUGGUGCCUGCGUCCACGCGGACGCAAACGACUAUGCCGCUGCCCAUAAAGGAGCCUGCAUCGCUCGAGACGAAAAUACCCGCCACGGUGUUGGCGCGGCCAUAUUUGACACCGACCUCACAGCUGAACUCCAACGAAAUUAUGAUCGAAUUGAUUAGUUCGGUGAAUGGCAAUCAGUUGGUGGUGCACGGGCCGCCGCUGGAGCAAAAGUACUCGCUGCCAAUGAGCACGACGGCGCUGCUGAUUCGUGAGGUGCUCUCCAUACCGUAUUUGCAUAAGAAGGACUACAAUAAACCGCAACAGGUCAAUAUGUGUUGGCAGUACUUGGCCAAACGCUUCAAUUUACCGGUGCAUAUCUGCAAGGCUUGUUGGAACUUUUUGUCGGAAAACUUUGCGCAUUUCCCGCAAAUUGCGCCCAUGGAAGAGCUGACGAAGCCGCUGAAGAUUGGCAUUAGGGUGUGGCGCGAAAAUUACACUUUCUUUCAAACAUUCAACGAAAAAGCAGCCCAAAUGCGUUUGCCGUUCGCAAAGGAUGCUGUGGAGAAGUUCUUCGAUAAUAUUAGAGAUCAAACAAAGCACAUACCACGUGUAGGUGGCAAGAAAUUGACUUUCGUCGCAGAUUGGCAAGCCGCCAUAAAUAGCAAUCCAUAUGUACCGAACAAAGUCUGGUUCGGCACAUGGACCCUCUUUAAAGGCGCCUUUUUGAAGUACAUGCGCGAUUUGGAGCUCGGCAUCGACAACAAAUGGUCACUGGAAUGGUGGCGCGUCUUGGCCAAAAUGGAUUUCCUAAUCGAAGAACAAUAUCAUAAUAUGGAACCGUUCUACUACAUAGUGCGCAACAAAAUGAUCGACGAAUGCGAACGUUGCAUCAGGGAAGAACAAAAAUACACUAUCGAUCCGAAGUCGAAGAGAUUCGUACUGAAAUCAGACAUGCAUCAUCCAAUGUUGCAGAAAAUACCCGACAUCGAUGCCUACCGCGUCGUAAUGACCGUGCGUCGCUAUCCGCAAAUUUACCAAAAGGCAACCGACGACGAGAAGACCAAAGCGUGGCAAAAAGUCGCACUCGAAAUGCGCUCAACCGUGACGGUAUGCCGCUUUGCCUUCCAAUGCGCCUUGAAGAACUACCGGCUGUAUGCGGCGCGUGACCCGGCGAAUCGUUGUCGCCUAAAUCAUCGCUAUUACAAACAUUUGGCGGAAAUUUAUCGUGCCAUCAAGCCGACGCGCAAGCUCAAUAUUAAAACACCAUCCGAACUGAAUCAGUCGGUUAGCGAUAAUCCCGACGCGAAUGAGCCAGUAUUUCCCGAACGUUUCAUAAUGGACGUCAACAUGAGCAAUAGUCACUCGAAUGUGGUUAUGAAGAAUUGGGCUUAUGGCGUGGGCAUAUCCGUGCGCAAGGAGAAGUUGGAAGCGCUCUUCCAAAAAUAUCGUCCAACUUCGGUGCUAGGCGAAACCGCAACACCAAAAUAGGUUUAGAGUGGGUGGACAGCACUGAUUUUGAACGCACUACAAUUGGAGGGAUAUCUAUCCAUAGAUAUACAUACAUACAUAUAUGUAUGUAGAUUAGCACUAAUUAUAAAACAAGAAAACACUUCUGCGACUUUAUUUAAUUUUAGAACUUUUUUUACUGUUAUGUAGUUGUAUAAUAUUUCUAAGCAUGGCCCUUAUGUACUCCAUAUAUAUAUAAAUAUACAUACAGUUAAAUAUAUGAGUAUGUAUGCGACUGUAUAUAAUGUAAAGUAAACUUAAAUACGCGUAGAUUUCAUAAAGUUCAUAUUUUCCAUGAAGAGAUAACCUUAA